CUUUUUUCUAUUUGAAAACAAAAACAACGCAGCUGCAAGAAAUUUUUUCCUCUUUUUUCAAACGGCGUUUUAAAAAAACAGGAUUAGCACGCGCAAAAUACAAUAAGAUAAGAAAAUUUCUUAGAAAAUACAAUUUUCAUAAAGAUUUUAUAAAAAAAACAAAAUACAUUUGGUAAAAAUCUUAUGGAUUAAACAUAAAAGUAUUACUUAAAUUUCCGAGAAAUCUAUAAACAAAAGCAAAAUGACCACCACAACGUUAUCCACAUUGGCCACCUUCGAUGAUCUAAGACGCUGUGUCCAUGUUUUAAUUGAUGGUACAGCAGAAGAAGAAUUUCUUAAGAUUUUACAGCUACAAGAAAAAAUGCAAUUGGAAUGCAUAGCCAGAGCACAAGAGGCUCAACGCAUACAAAAAGAACUAGAUGCUUCACUACAAUCCAUGGCUGAUUUGGAAACUAAACUGUUUCAUGCCCGCCGAUUGCUGGAAAUGGAAAGUAAAGCACGCAAAGAGGCCGAAUAUGAACGCGAUCAAAUGGAAAAGAAAAUAGUGGCCGUGGCCGAUUUGUUGCAGCAUGAAAACAAUCUUAAAAAUGAGACCAAAGACAAGUUGGCCUUUUUGAAUACAUUGUCCAGAAAGCGGAAGUCAUUAAAUACUCAUUUGGAGGAGAAAUAUGGUAAUGAUAUUAAUUCCACGGGCAGUUUUUUGUCAGAUUUGUCGAUUACCCAAUCGGAAGAUGAUUUCCUAGAUAUACGUCCAGCCAGAACUCUGCCUAGAAGUAAAAGAAGUCGUUUGAGUAACUCCAAAUCUAAUGCACAAAUGGCCGCACCCUCCGGUCGCAGGCGUUCCUCCAGACGCAGUAAUGUGGCUUUGCAACAGCAUACUAUUGAUAACGAAUUGGGGGCGGAACGUAUAUGUGCUACCACCAAGGUUACCAUACCACAAGAUGGCAAUGGUGCCAUACGUGCUGAAUCGACCAUAGAAACUGUACCGGUUAUAGUACACCAAGCAGAUGAGCCGGAGGAAGAGGAGUGUUUGAGUGGAGGCCCUUGUUCUACACCACGCAAAACGCCAUUUAAGGAGGCCACUGCACCACCCAUGACUCCAGCUAAUAAUAACAUGGAUUCUCCUAUGAAUCACAAUUUACGUUCAGCAGGUACUCUCAAACGUUUACACAAUUUUGUUAGUAAAACCUUUAUUCGAGCGGAAAUGUGUACUCAAUGUCAGAAGAAAAUCCGUUUUGGUUCAGUGGGCUUACGUUGUCGUGACUGCCCUGUACGCUGUCAUACCGACUGUCGUCCUUUACUUACCAUCAUGUGUAUGCCCACAGCCGGUACUCCAGUUUUCAAAGGCCUUAUGGGUUAUAUAAGCGAUUAUGCUCCAUCCAUGGCGCCUUUAAUACCAGCCCUUAUUGUCCACUGUGUCAAUGAAAUCGAAUCUAGAGGUCUUAAUGAGGUGGGCAUUUAUCGUGUCUCCGGUUCAGAACGUGAAAUUAAGGCCUUGAAAGAUCGUUUCUUACGCGGCAAAACUCCUCCUCAAUUGUCCAAUAUUGAUAUCCAUGUUCUGUGUGGUUGCAUUAAAGAUUUCUUGCGUUCUUUGCGCGAACCUUUAAUACCCACAAGUCUGUGGAAAGAUUUCUGUAAUGCCGUCCAAAAUCCCUCCGAACAGGAUAUACAAACGGAUCUAUAUAAGGCGGUAGAGGCCAUGCCUCAAACAAAUCGUGAUACUUUGGCUUUUUUGAUUUUACAUUUUCAACGUAUUGCUGAGUGUCGUGAAGUUUUAAUGCCUUUGGAUAAUAUUGCUCGUGUUUUCGGUCCCACUAUAGUGGGUUAUUCUUCACCAGAUCCCGAUCAACAUGCCAUCUUUACUGAAGUCUAUACUCAAUAUAUGGUAAUGUUGAAUUUAUUGAAGAUACCUUUUGAAUACUGGACACAAUUUGUUUCUCUGGGUGAGGCGAAGGAAAAUUAUCAGAGUGGCUCAACUUUAACACGAACACCAAGCCAUAAUAAGGAUACGGUGUUUUCUUUAUAUGCCACUCCCAUGAAAUCCACUCUUAAGAAACGUAAAUUUUAUGAUUAAUCCUGCCUUUAACAACCGAAUCAUAGAAAAACAUCUCUAAACAUGACUUAAUUUUAUAUCUAAGGAAUUUAUAACCGUUUAGUUACUACAAUUAACAGAAUAUAGUAUUAUAUUAUUAUAUAUUUGUUUAUUAAUCACACCAACCUAUUUGUUAAGUAUGUAUUCCAUUUUUUGGGCAAAUUUUGUUUAUUUCUUUUUUUUUAUACUGAACUUACAUUUUUAUUUUCAAUUUAUAUAUUCUUAUAUUGCACACCUUCUUAUACUCAUUUAUCUUUGGAAGGUUUUUUGGGCUAAAGGGUUUUGUAACAAACAUUCUUGAAAUACUGUUUUAAUUUUCUUUUAUUGCAAAGGAUUUUUGCUAAACUUUCUUAAA